AUGCUUCACCAAAAUAUUGCAAUGGAAAACAACUCUGAACUCUUUCAAUUCAUUGUUGCUAACAACCCUUCAUUCUUUGACUAUUCAAAUACUCCUAUGAUGCCACAAAGUUUUUGUAGCUCUUCUGAUAACAACAACUAUUAUCAUCCUUUUGAAGUUUCUGAAAUUACUGAUACACCCUCCUCCCAACAAGAUAGAGCUCUUGCUGCUUUGAAGAAUCAUAAGGAAGCUGAGAAGAGAAGGAGAGAGAGAAUCAAUUCUCAUCUUGAUCAUCUUCGUACUCUUCUCCCUUGCAAUUCAAAGACAGACAAAGCUUCACUUCUUGCAAAAGUUGUGGAGAGAGUGAAAGAGUUAAAGCAGCAAACAUCUCAGAUCACCGGACUCGAAACAGUUCCAUCGGAAACCGACGAAAUAACGGUAAUCUCUGCGGGCGGAGACUUCACGGGAGACGGAAGACUGAUAUUCAAAGCGUCGUUAUGCUGCGAGGAUCGGUCGGACCUAAUCCCGGAGCUAAUAGAAAUCCUGAAAUCUCUUAGGCUGAAAACAGUGAAAGCUGAAAUGUGCACACUGGGAGGAAGGACGAGGAACGUUCUUGUUGUUGCUGGUGAUAAAGAGGAUAGUGGCAUUGAGUCUAUACAUUUUCUUCAGAACUCGCUUAGGUCAUUGUUGGAUAGGUCGAGUAGUUGUAAUGAUAGGUCGAAACGGGGUCGUGGGAUGGAUAGAAGAAUGAUGCCUUAA